GUUUUCGACGGUUUUAUUGUGGUUUUACACGGUUGAGAAACAGUGAAAUUCGGUUUCCGAGUGCCCGUGAAGUUUAAUUUAUCUGUAGACGCAGUAAAUUUGGCUACACAAGAGCAAAUACCCACCAAUUUAGUGCUUAUUAGCAGUGCGGUAGUGCAGUGAUCAGUUUCUGGUUAACAGUUUUAAUCAAGUUUUUGUGAUUGUGAGUGAAGCAAUUUGAUCAAUAAUGCAAAAUCAGUGCCCUGAGAUGGAACUGGUGGCCGGCGGAAGUGUGGAGCAGUCCAAUGCUAAUGUUGCCAAUGCUGCAGCAGGAGCAGCAGAAGCAGCAGAAGCAACAACGGGGCAACCGUUGUAUCGCAAUGUUAAUAGCCAGCAUGGUGAUUAUCGUAGUGUCGACGAGGAGAAUAUUGUGGUGCUUCGCAAGUGUUUCUCACCCCAGCCAGAGGCGCUCAAGGAUGGUGAGGAGGAACCGCAGGUUCUCUGGUUCGAGGAAUUUAUUCCGCCAGCCGAUUUACAGAUCAUUAUGUCCGAAAAAGACAAAACCAAGCUGGUCUCGACCGAAAAGCGAAAGGCCGACGAAUGCGAACCGGUGAAAGAUCUCAAAAAGGCAAAACUGGAAACCAAAGCGUUGAAAGCCAAACGGCCUGGAUUCACGGACGAACGGUACCACGAGACGUCUUACUACAUCGAAAAUGGCCUACGUAAAGUGUAUCCUUACUACUUUACUUUCACCACGUUCACCAAGGGCCGCUGGGUGGGCGAGAAAAUUCUGGAUGUGUUCGCCCGCGAGUUUCGGGCCCAUCCGGCCGAGGAGUACGAACGGUGCAUCAAGGCCGGAACGCUGACUGUGAACUACGAAAAAGUGCCAACAGACUAUAGGUUAAAGCAUAACGAUCUCCUGGCUAAUAUCGUGCACAGACAUGAAGUUCCAGUUACUAGUCAACCAAUCACAAUAGUGCACAUGGACGACGAUAUUGUGGUUGUGAAUAAACCAGCAUCUAUACCAGUCCAUCCGUGCGGUCGCUACCGCCACAACACGGUGGUGUUCAUUCUGGCCAAGGAGUACAACCUGAAGAACCUGCGAACGAUCCACCGGCUGGACCGGCUGACUUCGGGUCUGCUGCUGUUCGGGCGGAGUCCGAAGAAGGCCCGCCAAAUGGAGCACCAGAUACGGAACCGGCAGGUCCAGAAGGAGUACAUCUGCCGGGUCGAGGGCGAGUUUCCCGACGGCAUCAUCGAGUGCAAGGAACCGAUCGAGGUGGUCAGCUACAAAAUCGGUGUGUGCAAGGUAUCACCGAAGGGUAAAGAAUGCACCACCGUCUUCCAGAAGCUGGGCUUCAACGGUAACAGCAGCGUGGUCCUGUGCAAACCACGAACCGGUCGGAUGCAUCAGAUUCGUGUACAUCUGCAAUAUCUCGGUUUUCCGGUAGUGAACGAUCCACUAUAUAAUCAUGAAGUGUUCGGUCCGGCCAAAGGACGAGGCGGUGACAUCGGCGGCAAAAGCGAUGAACAGCUGGUGAAGGAUCUGAUCAACAUUCACAAUGCAGAAAAUUGGCUUGGAAUCGAUGGCGAUUCGGAACUUUCGAUGUUCAAACCAAUGAAGAAUGACUUAGAUGACGGAAAAGGUCCAAUCCUAAGUGACGAUGACUCGGAAAGUGUUUCCCGUGAAGCUUCACCCUGCUCGGAAAGUCCACGUCCAGUUUCGCUGGGUAGCGAGAGCCCGAACGAGAACAUGUGCGCCUCGAUUCUGGCACCCAACUCGUUGAAUGUCGUCGGAAGUGCCAACACCGGCAGUAGCAACAGCAGCAGUUCCGCCACUCUCAACACGAGACUGCAGUCGCAAAAGGUCACCGUUGCAACCCAAACCGGGCACGAAUCGCCCGAUUUGGCCUUUAAUCCGGAUAAGAUGACCACGGACAAGCACUGCUACGAGUGCAAGGUUCGCUACAGGGAUCCCAAACCGCAGGAUCUGGUUAUGUACUUACACGCCUGGAAGUACAAGGGACCCGGAUGGGAAUAUGAAACCGAACUGCCAGACUGGGCUCGCGUAGAUUGGCCCGAGAAUGACUUCGAAUGAAUGACGUCCGGUUGCCUGCUGGAUUACAUGCUGGAAAUACAUUAGCAUGCAGGUUCCGUCAGUCAGCAGGCCGGCGGCGGCGGCGAGGUGAGCUGAUCUCACCCAAGUAAGCAGCAAAACAAGCAAACAAAAAAAAAAUAUUAAAGAAAAAAAAUUCUGUGACCAAAUAGCUAACUGUGUGUGAUUCGAUCCAGUGUUCCGGAAACCGAGAAGAGAAAAAUGAUGAAAAAAGACAACUAGACGGUAGCCAGAGCAUUCGUAGUUUGGCGACCAAGUGUUAAGUAAUGAAAAUUGAUUAUGCAAACCUUCGAUUUCGGCGUGGGUGGACGAACACGCCGCUUACAUAGUAGAGGAAGGUUGAAGACAAAUUUCAAAUUCUUUAGCGCAAAAGAAGGAGGCGACAUUAGGGCAAGCGUAGUUUCUAAGUUUUAUAGUAUUUAACUGCAGCAGAAAACGUUAUUGCAUAGAGGAAAUUUUGAGCAACAAGCGAUAAGAUAUUCAUGGUAUGGAAGAUGAUGCGAGAAAAGGAUAAAGAGACAAACGCUUCGUUUUUAUAAGCAUACAGUUUUGAUAGCUAAAGAGAUCUAAUCGCAUCAGUUUUAAUGGCUGAGCAGAUACGGUAGAGAUUAUGCACAUUUAUGCUGUGCAGAAAAUAACAAAGCUAGAUAUAC